AUGGCUACCAAAGAGCACUGCCUCGUAUGCUUCGAGGCCCUUGACGCUCACCUUAACGGUCGAAAGGCCCUGGCUCUGGACGAAAUCUAUGAGUUGUCCGCCCCUGUUUCAGAGUCAGGCCCAGAGCUAGAGCUCACUGCUCCCAAGGCUCUCAACGAUCCCAGUCUACGACAUCUGGCACCUAACGCCAGCGCCUCAUCCUCUUCUUCUUCCACCUCGCUCGGUGCUUCGACACCCGCUACAAGUACCUCUUCUCUGCCCAUGCCCCCCAGCGCCGCCCCGUUGUUCGUAACAUGGAACACCAUGGACGAUGACGAGCCUGUACUCCGCGGCUGCAUCGGCACAUUUGAAGCGUUGGAUCUUGACGAAGGCGUCGCUGAGUACGCUCUCAUAUCUGCCCUACAAGAUACCCGCUUCUCUCCCAUCCAAAAGUCAGAGUUGCCCACGCUGCAGGUCGCAGUCACGCUCUUGACCGACUUUGAAGAGGUCGAUGACGCUUUCGACUGGGAGAUCGGCGUCCACGGCAUCCGCCUUUCAUUCACCGACCGCGGCCGCCGGUACGGCUCCACGUACCUCCCAGACGUUGCUGCCGAGCAGGGCUGGACCAAGGAAGAGGCGCUCUGGAGUCUCACUCGCAAGGCCGGAUGGACUGGCAGCCGGGGACGCUGGAAGGAGUUGAAUCUCAAGGUCACGCGCUACCAAGGCAAGAAGACGACCCUAGAAUAUGCCGAGUACAAGCAGUGGCGGAAGACGAUUGAUGCGUGA